AUGACUAACAAGCUGACGCGGGCCCAGUACCUCGAUGAGGUGACUUGGACCACCAAGAGCUGGCUGGGGCUGCAGAAGCAGCGCAUCUCAGUCGUUCUUCACUCACACACGGCCAUCGCAGAGCAGGUCGUGAAUGAGCUUGCCUGUGGCGGGGGUGGGCGGGUGCACGGAGCUAAGUGCCUCGCCACCCUCGCAGGAGUCGCUUAG